AUGGCUCGCUCGCUUGCCGCGAUUGCCCUCACGACCACAGCACUCAUCGUGCUGCUCUGCGCAAUCCAGUCAGAGGCGAAGGUGUUCACAGUGGGAGGCAGUGGGCUCAGUCCGUGGGGAUUCGGCGUGAAGAGAUGGAAGCCCAAGGGCGUCAUUCACGCCGGGGACACUCUUGUGUUCAAGUGGACGGGCGUCCCGCAUGACGUGUGGAUCAUGAACUCCAUGGAUGCGUACAACAACUGCAACUUUGGUGCGGCCACUAAGAAGACCGGCAUCACAAGCGCCGGGAAGUACAAGUACAAGGUGCCAGCUUCAGCCAAGGGCACAUCCAUUCUCUUCUCAUGCAGCGUGCCUAGCCACUGCACUGUGGAUAACAUGAAAGUGGCAGUACCAAUCCACGCUUGA